AUGGGGUUAGCAGGACCCAAGAACAAAACCAAGAUCUCCCAAGAUCCAAACAACACGAAAUGGGCCCGCUCCACGUCCGGCUUCGGACACCGAAUUAUGAGCGCCCAGGGCUGGGCCCCAGGCAAUCGCCUGGGAGCCCGUGACGCUGCUCAGGCCGAUCUCCUCACCUCCGCGAGUGUCUCCCAUAUCAGGGUCACCAUUAAGGAUGACACACUCGGACUGGGUGCCCGUGUCGGGCGAGAGGGCCAGCCGACUGGCCUGGAUGCCUUCAAAGGGCUGCUGGGUCGAUUGAACGGCAAGAGCGACGAGGUUUUGGAUCGAGAGCAGCGGAAGAGAGAUGAUGUCCAUCUGGCUCGCUAUGCUGCCCUGAAAUUCCAGGAGGUGCGAUUUGUGCGCGGAGGGCUGCUGACCCAAGAGAAACUCGAGCGGUUGCCGGCCCCGACGCCCAAGGAAGAUCAGAAGAAGUCCGAAACAAUUGCCACCGAUACCAACGUCUCCGAAGAUGUCGAAUCUGCGACCGAGAUGUCCUUCAGGCCCAAGUCCAAGUCCAAGUCAAAAUCCAAGUCCAAGUCUUCGAAAAAGUCUCGCUCCCAAUCAGAUGAGGCCGACAGCUCGUCCUCAGUCUCUGAGCAAAAGAAGAAGAAAUCCAAGAAGAGAAAGGCGGAGGAGGACGAGGCUGCGGCUGGGGAUACGACCACGCCUAGAGCGAAGUCCUCGAGCGAGCCUCAAGCCACCACGGUCGCGGCAACUGUUGUGGUGCGGGAGCAUCGGCCUAUCGGGAGACAAGUUUUCCGUGGGCGACAUAUUGCACAGAAGAAGAGGGCACUUAUGGACGAGAAAUCGCUCAAUGAGAUUUUCAUGGUUAAAGCGUAG